UCAGUUUCACAGUCGCUAUAAAUAUAUAAAUAGGGCACAUUUUCUCCUAGACCUUGACAGAGUGCUUCAGAGCUAGUGCAAACUCUUGGUCAAAUGAGUUCACUGUGAAUCUGCAAUCAGUCUUUCAGAAGAGAUCAGAAGAAUUUGUUUGCAGUCACAUUGUAAAGUUGCAGCAGGACCUUCCCUUUGUCAUAACGGAAUUGGUGCCAACAAUGGAUAAUGAUUCAGACACAGUGAAGUUCAGGUAUGCCUGAUGCUGCUCCUGGCAUGCCCUCCUGCAUUCUUCAUUGAACCAGGGUUGACCCACCGAUUUUAUGGCCUGUACUCUGGCACUGAUCCUCAAACCAGCCCACCGGCUUUCCGUCUCCAAUACUGACCGCCCUCUCUAAUUGGUGUAAAUGAGCUUGUUCACCAGUCCUUUGCUAUCAACGUUCACUUUUGUACCGGUGACUGACAUUGCGAAGAUCCUGCUGACUACGCCAAUUGUUGUGGUAAAAAUGACCGCUCUCAAGUUUGUGAGUUUCAUGUAAGCAAAGAUUUUACUUCAGGCACUUCCAAGGGAGAGAACCUUAGCCAGCCAAGAAAUCUGUCUCCAUGAUACAAGUGUUACAGGAGAAAGAAGACCAUGGAGAAUGUUAAGCAGCAUCUCAUCAAAUUCGGUGUUUAUAAAGAGAAGGUUACAGGAUACAUCAUGAAUCUACGAAGGAUUGCAGAUGGUAUUGACAGUUUUCACAAAGAUGCCACCAUUGCAAAUGUCACAGGGUCAUCUGUAGGUAUUGUAGGAGGAGCUCUGAGCAUCGCUGGAUUAAUUGCUGCUCCUUUCUCAGCAGGAGCCUCAUUAAUCCUCACUGGGGUGGGUUGUGGUGUUGGCGUAGUUUCUGGAGCCACUAACGUUGCAGCCAGUGUUUCUGAUACUGUUAAACAAAAAAAUAACCUGGAGACAGUAAAGAGCAUUAUGGAAGAAUAUCAAAAAGAGAACAAAAUUAUGUCAGACAGUUUAAACAAUGUUCGCCAGGCAAUUGAAUCAUGGAUUAAAGGUGGUGAGAAAGACAUACCACAAAAUAUUUUUGUCGGUACGUCUGCGGCUGUCAUGAAAAGCUUGAGUACUGUUAGUCUGGUGUCCUCAGUAGUGACCAAAAGCAGUUUAAGAGCACUCAAAGCUGCUUCAGGAGUUCUGGCAGGGCUCCUCGUGGUGUGGGAUUUCUAUUCUAUGGUGUCAGAUGCAAAGGAUCUUUACAAAGGAAGCAAGACUGAAAUUGCCAAAAACAUACAUGAAGCAGCUAAAACUAUAGAGGAGGAACUGAAUGAAUAUGAAAAAGUUGACAGUGAGCUGAAGAAAACUUUCACAUUUCAAUAAUGGCUGAGAGGUGGAAUCUGUCAAUAUUCGAAACAACUCUCCCUAAAUUAUUAGAAACAUUUCACAUUCCUUGUGGAUGUAAGUAAUCAUCAGAUUUUAGUUUAACUUGACCAUUUUUAGACCACUCUCAUUUUGUAUCCACUGUAACAAAUUGGCAAGGCCAAGGAAGCCAUUUUGAUUCUAACAUAGGGCUAAAGAAGACAUUUUGAAUUCUGCAUUCUGUACAAACAACUGUAUUAAUCAAAACUACUCUAUUAAGAUAGUCACCAGUCAGAAAUAAUGAUUGAGCAAGUAGUGAGCCUUAAUUGAGUUACAAUUAAUGAUCUAGUGAUGAAUCAAUAAAUAUAUUAGAAAGACUGGGUUUAACUUGAAACUUUUCGCUGCAAGCUUGUUACAGUCGCUUAAUAAUUGUAAGUCUCUGUACAGUCUAUGAAGGAAUAUUUGUUCAGAUACGAUGUGUUAAGGUCGAAAAGUGUACCAUGGCCUUAGAAGGAAUUGGGUUUUAAGUAACAUUAAUUGAAGUUUAUGAAUGCAAGUUGUACAAAAUCAGAUAGAAAUUUUGAAGCAGUCCUAUUGUUUUCUUGUCUGCCUUAAUGAAGACAGAUGGCAUAUGUAAUUGGAAACCAAUUAAACCAACUUUGCAACAAGAAGGACCAAUUAUUAAGUGUGAACAAGCCCAACUCUGAUAUGAGGUAAUGAUCACUUGGGGAUUAAAAGCAGAGGUUUGAAGAGAUUUCUUUGCUAGCCAAGUACUGAAGACUCCUGAGGCAGAAUUCCAAUAGAAUUUACGUCAAAGAAGGAAUUCUGAGAGCGCUCCGCUUCCACGGAAUGAUUACCAAAUGAAGUUUCAAAAGUCAUUCUUGUUAAGUUUAUCUUUUUCCUUUAAUAAACUUUUUUAAAAUUUA